AUGGCGCAACAGAAAACUAAGCUAAAAGUUAAGAAAAGUAUAGUCAAGCAGCAAAGCUCCUCUGAGCAAUUUUUCACCGAGAGAGAGCAACACCUGAAGAAGGAAUAUGCCACCCUGACAGAGUAUAUCAAGGACUAUUCAGAUCGGGUGGAUCACUUUCAAGAUGAAAAUGAACUCCUGGACAAGGAAGCCCAGGAGAUCCAAGAAAACAACAAAGCUUACCUCACCUACUUAGCCAAACGCACCCUCCUGUGCCAGAAUGCCAUCAUUACCUUAAAUGACCAGAACCGAUCAGAUCUGGCCUCUGUCCUGAAACAGAAGGAUGAGCUGACCUCUCAAUACAAAGACAGAGAGAAGGAGGUCAGGAGCCAGUUGAUUGAGAUGGAGACCAAGUAUUCCCUCAUGAACAAGGAGGUUGAUGAUCUGAGGCCCUUCAAGGAGCUGCAGUCUGACCAGCUUUCCCGUAUCUGGGAGCUGGAGAAAGAGCUGUUGGCCAUGAAAAUCCACCAUUCCGAGCAAAUGCACACUGUCAAGAACCAGUUCCUGCAAAAGAAGGCAGAAUAUGAAAUGGAGUCCCAGAAGAGGGUCCAAGCUUUGGCCAAAAAGGCUGAGAAAGAAGCCGUGCGCAGCCUCAUCCAACACACCAAGCAGAUAAAAGCUGAAAACGGGAGAUUGCGCAAUGAACUGCUGAACCUCAUCAAGAGAGCCCAGGGCCUAAAGGCCACUGUGCAUCAGCUCCAGGAGCAGAAAGAACAGCUUCUUCAGGAGCUCCAAUAUGGGGAAGAUUUGGCCCAUGUGCACAGCUGGCUAAGUCAGCAGAGGAGAGCCAGGGGCAGGACCAGAUUGCCUACCAGGACUCGGGUAUGCUUUCCUCUCCAGCUAUCCAUGAACAAAGGGCCAGAAUCUCUCACGAGUCUCCAAGGGCCAGCAAAGAAACAGUCAACAACACAGACACAGAGGACCCCGAGCGUGGGAGACACAAAGGCUCCCAUAGCACACACGGCACAAAGGCUCCCGUAG